GGCGGCGGCGGCGGCGGCGGCCUGGCUCCGGUGCCGUCCGGUGCGCGGCCGAGCGGCAGCGGCCCCCGCGGCGGCGGCAUGGCCGUGCCCUGGGCUCUGCCCACGCCCCUCAGCCCGGCGCAGCUGAAGCGCCUGGAGCAGCACCGCUACAGCGCGGCCGGGCGCUCGCUGCUGGAGCCCUGGCUGCAGCCCUACUGGGCCUGGCUGGUGGAGCAGGUCCCGCUGGGGCUGGCCCCCAACGCCAUCACCCUGGGCGGCCUCCUGCUGAACUGCCUGACGGCGCUGCCGCUCAUCGCCUGCUGCCCCAGCGCCACCGAGCAGGCACCUUUUUGGGCAUACAUCCUGGGUGCAUUAGGACUUUUUAUCUACCAGUCUCUGGAUGCCAUUGAUGGGAAGCAAGCCAGAAGAACAAACAGUAGUUCUCCUCUAGGAGAACUCUUUGAUCAUGGUUGCGACUCUAUUUCCACAGUUUUUGUUGUCCUUGGAUCCUGCAUAGCAAUCCGACUAGGAACAAAUCCUGACUGGUUGUUUUUCUGUUGUUUUGUGGGACUGUUCAUGUUCUAUUCUGCUCACUGGCAGACAUAUGUAUCAGGCAUACUAAGGUUUGGAAAAGUUGAUGUAACUGAAGUUCAGACAGCCAUAACAAUGCUGCUCUUGAUAUCUGCGUAUGGUGGCACAGCAAUAUGGGACUAUAAGGUCCCUUUGGUGGGCUUAGAACUGAAGUUCUUUGCAGUUUUUGGCAUACUGUGCGGAACAGCACUUUCUUUUUUCAAUUACUUCCGUGUCAUCUUUGGUGGAGGGGUUGGAAAGAAUGGAUCUACAAUAGCAGGAACAAGUGUUCUUUCACCAGGCCUGCACAUUGGACUACUUAUCACACUGGCCAUUAUGAUCUAUAAAAAGUCUACAACUCAGCUGUUUGAAAAACAUUCUUGCCUGUAUGUCUUGACAUUUGGAUUUGUGAAUGCUAAAAUCUCACAGAAGUUGGUGGUGGCUCACAUGACAAAAAGUGAAAUCUGUCUUCAGGACAGUGCAUUUAUUGGGCCAGGACUUCUGUUUUUGGACCAGUACUUCAACAGUUUCAUUGAUGAAUAUAUUGUUCUAUGGAUAGCAUUGUUCAUAUCCUUGUUUGAUAUGCUGAGAUAUGCCACUGGUGUAUGCCUACAGAUUGCUGCUCAUCUUCAUAUACAUGUCUUCAGAAUUUCAUCUCAUCAAGCUCCUGAACAGGUACAAGUUGUUUCUCCAUUGAGCCAUCAGAAUAACAUGGACUGAAGAGACUUGCGAACAGUUGCCAUCUCCUGCUGUUGCUGUUACAAGAAAAGGAGAUAAUACUGAACAAAUGCCAUAUUAAUAUGAUUCCUUUGAGUUAAUUAAAUGAAUGUCAAAUGA